UGGUCAUUGAUAUACUUUUAGAUACUUGUAGUUCUUUCGAAUGAGAGUUCUAAUGUAAAAUGUUGAUUCCCAGAUAACAUAAUGUAUUAACUGAUGAAGUAAAUAUAUUAAUUUAAAAUGCUUUAAUAUCAUAAGGAACUGUGCCGAAAAGAAACGUUGCACAGAUAUGGAUAAUACGGAAUUGUUAUUUUUUGACACAUUUUCUCAUGAUAUUUCAGAGGAAUUAAAUUUGGAUUUAGUACAAUUUCCAAAACCUGUUUACAUUAGCGAGGUUAGGAUAAUACCGUUGGGAGCUAGAGUGCAAGCAGAUUUUCCGGGAGGUGUGCGUCUUGGUGCUACUAAUCCAUCUCAGUUUGAAAUAGAAUUUUUUGUAAAUGAUUUAAGCAAACCUGGAGCAUCUACAUUUGAAUCUCUUGGAGGUUUAGAAUAUAAACAAAAUAUUCACAUUCAAUUAGAAUGUGAACGGAAACAAAUACCAACUGAUGGUUUAGUAUUGCGAGGCUGGUACACUACUAUUACUUUAGCUGUAUACGGCUCUUUGACAAAAUCAUUGAAUAAUCCACAGGAAGUUAUUAGUCCUGCUGCUGGAUCUACUGUAUGUGUAAGUGGAUUGGAAGAAACAACGGAAAAUACUACACAGGUUUCAGAGCAACAGUCUGAAUGGUAUUAUGAAAAUCAAAAUCAGUCUAAUACAAAUGAAACAUGUGUAGCAGCGACUCCACCACCACCCGUUCAACCAAUUCAAGUAGUAGAACCCUCUAGAAAUUCAACAACAGAUACUGGAAAGGUAGAUUCAGGACAGUGGGAGGAAGAUCCAAAUAAUACAAAUGUACAAAAAGGAGUGAAACGUCCAUCUUCACCUCCUUCAGAAUCUCUUGUUUCCUUGAGUCCAGAAUCAAUAUCAGCUGAAGAAGAAGAAGCUGAACAAGAUGGAGUUGUUGCAGAAACAGGAGAACCGUUUGAACCAAUAUUAUCUGAUGAGGAUAUUAUGGCUGAUGAUUUGCCAUCUACAGCAGAAUUUGAAUGUGAAAAUGUCCAGCUGGAUGCAAUUUAUACUUUAGGACCGCCUGAUUUAUUAGAAUUAGAAAAACCAUUUGAGACUAUUGAAGGAAAUUCUAUGAAUAGUGAAAGUAUUGAUAAAAUACGGGAAACAUUACAAUCCCUUUCAAAGUCAGUUUUAAAUUUUAAUAAUGCACCAGGUCAAGAGAAGGAAACAUUUGUACAUAGUUGCGAAUCGUUGUGCGCAACGCUUGGUUCUUGUGAUCUUAAUGUUAGUGAUACCAAUGAUUUAACUAAUAUUAUCAAUGCAGGUCUUGAUGUAGACCUUGCUCGUGCUCAACCACAACCAGCCUAUAAAGUGCGUCACGUGAAAGUUGGCGUUCGUUUAGCUGAGGCUUUAUGUAGACUUCCACAGGGACCAAACAUACUUUUGAAAGUAGACGCACCUUAUAAAUUAUUAGCACUAUGCAUGCGUGAAAAUGUGGCACUUCCAGUUAAGCUUUCUGCACUUCGUGCAUUAGAUGCCGCAUUGAUAAGUCCAGUAAUAGUUCACGAGUUCUUGAAAUCAAAAAAUAAUUUAUACAAAAAUGCUAUAAUGAUGUUAGAUUCGGCAAAGCUUGCAAGACUGAAAUACGCUUUGAGUUCGUUAUUACGAAAAGUUCACAUUUAUGAAUUUCUUGAUGAAUUAGCAGAACUUAAUAAAUUAACAAUAAAAGAAUUGACAAAUGCAUAUAUAUGUGCACCGACACUCAUGGCUCAACCUAAGCGUCAAUUGCCGGCAAGUGCACAAAUGGAAUUUGAACGAGAAGAAAAUCGUAAUCCUCGAUGUCAUUUAAUCAGCUAUUUUGAACAUCAUAAACUUGCAUAUUAUUUGCUUCUAGCUCUAUCUUCGCCAGAGUCAGAAACUGAUUUAAUUAAAGCGACGCAUCGUUUCCUUUUGCGUCUUUCAGAUACAAAAGAGGGCUUGUUUUAUCUAUUGAAGCAACCAGAAAUAACUAAAUUUAUAUUAAAAGCUUUAAGAUAUGAUUCAGUAAGUGUAGGAUCCAUUAUAGCAUGGCGACUUCAAGUUGUACAAUGUUUAACUCGUUUAAAAUAUGAUACUUCUGAUUGGGUGGCUUUAAAAAAGCUCCAUUCUUUCCUUAUAUAUUCUGAAGGAUUACAAGCUGUAAUAACGGUCCUUCCUAUGGGUGAAUUUAUAGAUAUUUUAAUUCCGUAUCUUUCUGAUGCUAAUCUUUGUGAAUUUGCUGCAGAGAUAAUAUCAGUCACUAUACGUUAUUCUGACCAUGUAGAAAUUUUUCAAAAUCGUGCUGGUAUUAUUCUUGAAAAAUCAAGAAAUCAAGCUGUUUUACGAGAUGUAACAUCAUAUUUAACAACUGCUGCUCAACUAUCUAAUUGGAAUUAUGGAGACGUUUCUUCACUUGUAGCAUGCAUUAGAAAAAGUGCAGAAAAAGCAGCAUCCUUGCCAGGUCAGUUAAUUACAGCGUGCAGAAUUCUGCAUUAUUUAAUUUUUCCUUCAAAUAAUGACAUAGAUCCUAUGGAACCAUAUGUCGAAUUAAAGUAUAGGAAUGCUUUAACACAAUUAUUUGCUGCCGAUGGCUUAACAGCGCUUGUUGCCGUUAUGUCAAACAUUUCUGGAUUUUAUGAACAGCCAUUUUUACAUCGUGCUGCUUUGACUGGACGAAGAGGAUUAGCAUUAGUUGCACUACUUCUUCCGUGUGUUAGACUGACUAGGGCACUGUUAGAGCGAUUAGUCAAAUGCAUGGCAACUGACUUCAAAGAUUUAACUGCUGUUGUGCCUUUGCUUGGUGUCUACUCAUUGGUUGAAGCUAUUCCUUCUACUAGAUCGGUUAAAAGUCUUUCCGAUGAGAUUGUAGGAACACUUUUGGUAUUUACACAAGCGGUAGAUUCAGAUGGAUCUGGAAAUGUAGCCAAAUCUUUAUGGACUAAAAUGUUAGGUGAGGUUUUAAAAAUGGUUUCUCUCAGACCGUGCAAUUUUAUUCCUGGCUUGAAACUUUUAUCGCGUAUACUUCCGCCAUUACUAACUGCAAAGGAAGCUAUAACCGAUGAUACAGCACGUAUACUUGGUGUAAGGAAGUUAUGGUCCGCACAUCUUCAAGCACAAGCUAAUAAUCUUACAGAAACCUUAAGACUACUUUGUGCCAGUUGGAAUAAAGAUUUAUUAGUACUUCUUUCCACAGUAUGUAAACAAUUGAGUGAUUUAGCAGCACCUACUGCAUUGUUAGUAGGUAGAUGUUUAUUAGAUGGUAUUAUAGCUGCAGUGCCACUGGAAAAUAAUGUUUUAAUACUUGCCUUACUUAGUGACUUAGCAAGGCAUGCUCCUAUGAAAGCCACAUUGUUAACUCUGACCAGUCCAGCAUCAAGAGCACAAGUAAAAUCUGAUCAAAAAUAUCCUCCAGUUAUUGAAAUGAUGUGUGCAACACUUAGGACUAGCGAUAUUCGAGUUCAACAAGAAAUUCUUGAUAUCUUUGAGACAUUAUGUGAUUGUACGUUAAGCCUUGUUCAAGAAGAUACUAAUGAACCUUUUGAAAAGAGAUUAACACAUUCGGUACCAAGUAAAGAACCACUUUUAUCAAUUCUUGCUAUAUUAAUCGAAAUUCUAGCGACUAGCACUAAAUUUCAGUCAGAUAUAUUAGAAAAUACUUUACACAUACUUCUAUCUCUUACUAGUCAUAAUUAUGGCUUGUAUCAUGUAAAAAGCUGUUUGGAAAACAAUCCUGAUGCAUUAAGAUCAUUAUUAGAACAUAUUUCAAAUCUAGAAGAUACAGAUACAAAACUUAUUACGAAUUUAACAAUAAAGUUUUUAGAGAAUAUGAUUGCCAGUGAUAUACAAAAGAGAUCAUUAUAUUUGCGUGCACAACAAUUAGCAACUUUGAUAUCUUGGGAUAAAACGGGACAUCCUUUAGAGAAAAUACAAGGUGCACAAGAAUUGGUAAAUACUUUAAAAUUUGCUGAAGAUAAAGAAGAAAAGGAACCAUUACCUGAAAUGUUAGAACCAUUAUUACCUACUCCGGAAGCCUUGCUAAGUCAGUUUUCACAACGAUGUUUAAGAACAUCUGUAUGCAUUCCUAGACGCUCAAAGAAAUCUCCAUUUAUCACGUCAAAUCAAACACAAAACGAAACAACGGUAGAUUUAAUAGCUCUUGCAGCUGAACUACUUCCUACUGAUUUUAAUCUGCUAUCAGAAGCACAGAAUUUAUGUUCUAAAGCACCACCCGAUGAUGCAACACAACCAUUACAAACCAAAACUCAACCCGAUGAUCAGGAAAAUAGAGAUAUUCAAAAACAAAUACCUUCCUCCCCUAUUACGAAAAUGAAGCAACCAUUUGUAGCACCUAUGAGAGGUAGGACACAAUUUACAAAUUCUUUAAGAGGCGGUCUUACUGUCGGAAGUAUAGGAAGAGGUGCAGACCCAUUCCGUUCACGGCCGCCAAAUACAUCAAGACCUCCAUCCUUACAUGUAGAUGAUUUUGUGGCAUUAGAAACAUGUGGAGCACAACCUACAGGACCAACUGGUUACAAUAAACUUAGUAUUCGUGGAACAUGCCCGUCUCGUGUGGUAAAUACUGGAGCAAGAAGUCGUCCAUGGGUACCAGAAACACGACCCCCUUAUCUCCGAUAAUUUUUUCCAGUUAUUAAAUACAUAUAAUGAUUUUAAAUAAUAAUAAAUUUAUUUACAUAUUUUGUUUUUAACUUUUAAUAGAAAUUUACAUUAUAUUUUUUGAAGACUAAGUCACAACUGUUCCACGAACAUUAAAUAUAUUUUGAGGAUUCAUUAAAUUAUA